AUAACGUGUUCGUUGUUGAUGUGCUAGUCGAAGAGAGUAUCAACAUUCGACAUCAUCAUUAAUAAUCUAAAUAAUAUCUAAUAUAAUGAUCAUUAAUAUAUUUUUUAACAUUAUGUUUGUAUGUAACAAAAUUAAGCUUAUAAUAUGAUACUUUAUUUUUUGUUGUGACAUUCCGGGAUUAUUUUAUUGAAACCGAUAAGGGUCAAAGACACUCACAUUAUGGACGGCCAAUUGAUAGAUUUACUGUUUCCAGACGGAAUACCAGAUGAUGUAAAAACUGAUCCAAACAUUAAAAGUUAUUUAGAUCAUCUUGGAAAGUGCACUGCAGAAGAAUUAAGUAAAGAACAUAAAUCAUUAGAAGAUAAAAAUGACAUCAUUGUUAAAAUGGUUAAAGAUUUAGCAUUAAAUAACUACAAAACAUUUGUGAAGACUUCACAUUGUUAUGAGUCUGUAUAUAAUAAAUUUGAUGAUACACAACAAAAAACUAUCACAUUAGAUAAUUAUUUAUUAAAACUUAAAACCGAAUGUCAAGAAAUGUUACAUCAGUGGGCAGAUGUUAAAGAAAAACGCCAUCGUAAUACUUUAGCUAUGGUUUGGAACUCCCGUAUUAUGCAUCAUGCUCUAGAACUUCCACAGCUCAUGUUAUCCUGUAUUCAAAAUAAACUGUAUGAAGAAGCACUAAAACUGGCAAAUCAUGCUAAACAUUUACCCAAUAAUAUACCAGCUGUAAAGUUGUUACAUGAUGAAGUAGAAAAACAUCGUUUAACGUUGAUGUCAGCACUUUGUCAAGAAUUAAGAACGGAUUUAGAAUUACCACUGUGUAUGCGUAUUGUUCGACUAUUAAGAACAUUAAAUCUAAUAAAUGAAGAACAGUUGGCUGUUAAGUUUUUACAGACUAGAAAUGCAUGGUUUAAUUCUAAAUUAGAAAAUAUUCCUGAUGAAAGCAGUAGUCAACACCUAUUAGAAACUAUUGAGGUAUCACGAUCUUGUCUUUCAAAUAUAGCUACACAAUACAACCUAAUAUUUUGCUCUGAAGAUAAUUCUUCUGAUACUGGAUCAUCAAAACUACAGUUCUAUUAUUCUUGGACCAAUCAAAAGGUAUGUCAAUUUAUUAAUAUACUUAAAAAAGAUCUUCCAAACUGUCGACCAUCAUCAUUAGAGACAAUUUUCACACAAUGUAUGUACUUUGGCCAAUCAUUGGGACAUAUUGGAACUGAUUUCAGAGGUCUCAUAGCACCUGUUUUUAUCAAUGUGACUGUAAAAAGAUUUUCAGACUUAUUAAAAAUGACAGAAAUUACUUGGCUAACAGAUUUACAAACAUUUUUAAAAACAAAUAUUAAGAAUGUUGGAAUGAACCAAACUCACGAUGAAGUAGAUGAUAUACCAUCACCCGUAUUUGAAUAUUAUCCUUUGGCAAAAUUUUGUAAUGGUGUAAUGAGUGCUCUCAAUGACCUAGGAGAGUAUGCUCCUUAUGCAGCUGCCGAUGAAAUCACCAAAUGUUUACAUACUACAUUACAUAAUGCGUCCUGUGCAUUAUUUUCUAUGUAUUAUCAAGAUGAUUUUAAAAGCUAUGAUGAAGGUGACAAAAAAAUAUUCGGACAACUCUGCAUUUGUUUUUCAACUGAUGUUGUUCCAUACGUACAAAGAUGUUUACACAAAGUAUAUGAACCAGCUAGUAUAGCUGCUUUCAUUGGAGUUACAAUAACAUCACUUCAAAAAGAGAAUUUAACAUACAUUGAUUCAGAAAUUAUUAAUGAACCUAUCAAAGAGUUAUUGGAUGAAUUCGAAAAUAUUUCUGUACUGAAUAACAUAUCAACAGAUUAAACGGCUAUAUAUUAUAGCUUUAUUUCAUCUACAACUCUUUGAUAAUUUGAAUUACUCUAUGACUUAAUUUAUUUUUUUUAUUAAAUAAAAGUUAUUUAUACUAUUUAUAUUACUUAUAGCUUAUAGAUUUAUUUUUAAUCAAAUGUUAAUAAACUUAUAGUCUUUAUUAUUAUUUUCAUUAUCAUUAUUGUAUUAUUGCCUUGUUAUUUAUGUUUAUUUAAACUUAUCUCUUAAAAUAAAAUAAUUUUUAAUGUAGAUUAAUUUUAUGCCAAAACUUGUAUUUCUUGCCAAUUGUUGUGCUAAUUUACUUAGUGAUGAAAUUUGAACUCGUGAUAUAUUUUCCAAUAUAUUUUACCAAUAGUACCUCCUUACUCUCCCUAACUUUUAGUUAGGGCAAUGAUCAAUUCAAACCAAAUAUUUCAACACCUAGAAUUUUUUUAAAUAUCAAAUAUCAAUUAUUAAAAAGUUGAAAAGUCAAUCUUAUGUAGAUUAUAGACUAGUGAUGUCCAACUCAUAGCGUGUAUAAAUUUGUAUGUUAGAAAAAAUUUAUAAAAAUACAAUUAAAGGAUACUUAUAUAUUUCA